CGCCGCCCGAGGGCCCCCCCAACCCCAGCACUAGGAAAUGACCUCAGCUGCGCGAGGCGCCGGCGGCCCAGCCUGCAGCGCCGCGGACGCGGGGCGCGCGCACGAUGUCUACCGUGCGGCCUUCGGGCACGCGGGCGCGGCGCCGACGCGGCAGGUGCUGUCCUUAGUCCCACCCCAGUAAAGAGCUGCUGCAUCUGGAUAGUCAUGGGGGAGCCGGGUAAAGAGGAGUAUAAAAUCCAGUGUUUUGAUGCAGAGACCCAGCAGCUGCUGAAGACAGCUCUCAAAGAUCCAGGUGCCGUGGACUUGGAGAAAGUGGCCAAUGUGAUUGUGGACCAUUCUCUGCAGGACAGUGUGUUCAGCAAGGAAGCAGGACGCAUGUGCUACGCCAUCAUUCAGGCAGAGAGCAAGCAAGCGGGCCAGAGUGUCUUUCGCCGUGGACUCCUCAACCGGCUGCAGCAAGAGUACCAGACUCGGGAGCAGCUUCGAGCCCGCUCCCUGCAGGGCUGGGUCUGCUAUGUCACCUUUAUCUGCAACAUCUUUGACUACCUGAGGGUGAACAACAUGCCUAUGAUGGCCCUGGUGAACCCUGUCUAUGACUGCCUCUUCCGGCUGGCCCAGCCCGACAGCCUGAGCAAGGAGGAGGAGGUGGACUGCCUGGUGCUGCAGCUGCAUCGGGUCGGGGAGCAGCUGGAGAAGAUGAAUGGGCAGCGCAUGGAUGAGCUCUUUGUCCUGAUCCGGGAUGGCUUCCUGCUCCCAGCCGGCCUCAGCUCCCUGGCCCAGCUGCUGCUGCUGGAGAUCAUCGAGUUCCGGGCAGCCGGCUGGAAGACCACCCCGGCUGCCCACAAGUAUUACUACAGCGAGGUCUCUGACUAGGCCUCCAGGCUUCCUCCCCAGUGGCGCCAGCCUUUUUUCUGCCCACCUUCCAACCUGGCAGCGGAGUCUUCACCUCUGCCAAAGACUUCUUCCCUUUCAGACUUUCAGGAGCACCCGAGAUGUUUCCCACUUAAUGCAGUGGUCCUGCCCUGAGCACCUUCCCUCCGAAUCCAGGACGGGGGAAGACACAAGCACACCUGCCCUGCGGCCCCACCAGCCUUUCUCCGCUCACCGCUGACCUGGGAACUCCUGCCGAGCACUGGCCUAUGGAACCACUGGUGCAGUAGCUGGCUUGCUGCCUCAGAUUCCCCAUCUGUAAAAUGGGUGCCCAGAGCCAUGGGUGGGGCCACUUAGGGAUAUCAAAGGGGAUAAGCAGAGUCACACCGGAAACUGCUUUUUAUACAUUCUGUACAAGGACCACUUUAGAACCGAGCAUAUUUCCUCCAGUUGGUUUUAAUGAAUUGUAAUACCACAUCACGUGUUACACCAGCUCAGGACGAGAAUUUUCUAAUAAACUCUUUCUGAUACUAAAA